AUGUAUGAAGCUAAUAUAUUCCGAUUCCUCUGGGAAGCUGAGAUCGCCAAAGUCGGACUGGAGAAAGCUUCCUUAGACAAAGUGUUCUUUCAGUUUCAAAGGACGAGGAUUUUCAUGGACAUAAUUGCUAAUAUUUUUUAUGCCAGUUUUGGUAUUUUGGGGCCAACCCUGGUCUUCCAUAACAUUCUCCAGUACACCAACAAAGAUUCAAAGGACUUGCUGGAGGGUAUUGGCCUCUGCAUGGCCCUUUUUUUCACCGAAUUUUCAAAAGUUGUGUUGUGGUCAUUGACGUGGGCUAUCAACUAUCGCACGGCUGUCCGGGCCAAAAUUGCUGUGACCACCAUCGCUUUUGAGAACCUGUUGACUUGUAAGUCCUUGAAACACAAGUCUUUAAGCAAGGUAAGAUUUGGAGGUCACAUCCUCAUCUGA